AUGCGAUUCAACAACGCCCUCGUCAUGGCUGCCUUCAUCGCCGUCGGCAGCACGUGUCCCAUCUCGGUCCACAACGGUCCCCCUCAGAUUCCUCCCCAUGGCGUGCCAGACCGCAGCCAUAUGCGCCGCCCUCAGAAGGAACCCCGUCACGAGGCGAACAGCUUCAGCGAGACAAGGGCACAACCGGACACUAUCCAGUCCGCCGUUCCAACAGCAACGUCUGAGCCCAAGCCCGAAGGCGAGCCCGAGAAAAGGGGAAAAGAUGACCACGAGUUCGCACGACCAGAUGCUACGAAAAAGCCGCGCAAGGGUGAACGCCAAGGCCGUUCCCUGGGGCUACCCGAUCAGUUACCCCUCGGCUCUGCGUCCAAGGUGGCUGCGAAGAACAUCGUUGUGCAAGAGUCGACCGAGCGUGGUGACAAUAUGAAUUAA